GAGAGAGAGAGAGAUCUUGGACGGACAGAAGUAGCCAGCUAGUUACGUUAAGUGAAUUUUGACACGACAGAACGCGGCGUUUUAGACUGUCACUUUCUGCUCUCUGGAUCUCUCUCGUCCGGCUCCGAGAAUACCACGUCGAUCUUCAGCUUGAAAAACUCAAAAGGCGUUCGCAUCAGCUGGCAUGAGCUAACCCACCAGACAUGGAGACAAAACCUUUCUUGUCACUGGGGUUCCUGAAGCCCCAGUGCUCUCUAGCAUCACCGCCCCCCCAGCGAGGAAGACCCGGGGAAGUCUGCUCCUGUUUCAGUGGCAUGUGCCAUCUCCACCAGCGCCGACUGUCCUCAGAUGGCUCGGGACACCUGGUCUCGCCCACCUCCGGCCGGAUGCACCACUCUCUGCUGAGCCCGUCCUCCAUGGGGCCCUCGGGCAUGCACUCCCCCAUCAGCUCCCUCAGCUCCCCCAUCAACGGCCUGGGCUCGCCCUUCUCCGUCAUCAGCUCCGCCAUGGGCCCCCACAGCAUGUCCCUGUCCUCCGCAGGCAUGGGGUACGGGCCCAGCAUCAGCCCCCAGCUCAGCUCUCCCAUGAACUCGGUGAGCAGUUCGGAAGACAUUAAGCCCCCUCUGGGGCUGAACGGGGUGAUGAAGGCCCCAGCCCAGCCCUCUGGCACACCCAUGUCCCUCACCAAGCACAUCUGCGCCAUCUGUGGAGACCGGUCUUCAGGUAAACACUACGGGGUGUACAGCUGUGAAGGCUGCAAGGGCUUCUUCAAGCGCACGGUGCGGAAGGACCUGAGCUACACCUGCAGAGACAACAAGGACUGCAUCAUCGACAAGCGCCAGCGCAACCGCUGCCAGUACUGCCGCUACCAGAAGUGUCUCGCCAUGGGCAUGAAGAGGGAAGUUUUGUUAAACGCAGCCGUCCAGGAGGAGCGGCAGAGGGCGAAAGAACGGAACGAGAGCGAGGUGGAGUCCUCCAGCAGCGCCAACGAGGACAUGCCGGUGGAGAAGAUCCUGGAGGCCGAGCUCGCCGUGGAGCCCAAGACGGAGACGUACAUCGAGACCACCCUGGGCACGCCCUCCAGCUCGCCCAACGACCCCGUCACCAACAUCUGCCAGGCGGCGGACAAGCAGCUCUUCACCCUGGUGGAGUGGGCCAAGCGCAUCCCGCACUUCUCAGAGCUGCCGCUGGACGACCAGGUCAUUCUGCUGCGUGCAGGGUGGAAUGAGUUGCUCAUAGCCUCGUUCUCUCACCGCUCGAUCACUGUAAAGGACGGGAUCCUGCUGGCCACGGGGCUGCACGUGCACCGGAACAGCGCCCACAGCGCCGGGGUGGGGGCCAUCUUCGACAGGGUGCUGACAGAGCUGGUGUCCAAGAUGAGAGACAUGCAGAUGGACAAAACAGAGCUGGGAUGCCUUAGAGCGAUCGUCCUCUUCAACCCAGAUUCCAAAGGGCUGUCGAACCCGGGGGAGGUGGAGGCACUGAGGGAGAAGGUCUACGCCUCGCUGGAGGCCUACUGUAAACACAAGUACCCUGACCAGCCCGGCAGGUUCGCCAAGCUGCUCCUGCGUCUCCCGGCCCUGCGCUCCAUCGGGCUGAAGUGCCUGGAGCACCUCUUCUUCUUCAAGCUCAUCGGGGACACGCCCAUCGACACCUUCCUCAUGGAGAUGCUGGAGGCUCCGCACCAGAUGACGUAAUCGGGGGCCACGCCCUCCUCCACACAGACUGGUGACAUCGUCCCAUCGUCAGACACACGGAAAAGCACGCAGUAUAAAGUCCCCUCUUCAUUUCCACACGCGUUUUAAAAAAACAAAAAAGAGUCGAGUUCAUGACAUCUAUGGGUCUGUUUUAUACUUUGUAUAAAUAUAUAAAUGUAUAGCUCAUGAAAAAAAAAAGAGAAAACGAUGAACUGAAAACGCAAGACAGACGAUAAAAUGUAUCAAGCCAUUGUUUUUGUUUUUAAAAGAAAAGAUUUUAUGGAAGACACAGGAUGAGAGGCGUUGAUACGUUUUUGCCGGUUUGUUGUAUACGGCGAGCUCGUCGUAGGAUAGUCGGCGUUGUUAUGGUGACAAUCGCGGUGCUUUUUCGGCUGGAGAGCGAGUCGGUGGGCCUCUCUCGUUCCGCGUCGGACGCCGCCUCAGAUCCAGGAGUUGGAAGGAGAGUAUUUAUGUCUGGGAGGGGACCAGAGGGGAGGUGGGGGUCACCUCUGUUCUGUUUCGCGUAGCAGAAACGCUGCCCUGCCCACACAGCCGCCAUUUUAACACCACCUGACAGUGGGAAGUUGAGUAAAAUUGCAGGUGUUUUACCACAGUAAAGCGCCAUCUCAGUCCCCCCCCCCUCCCCCCUUCAUACCUCUGGGGGGGGGGGCAGCGACUACACCAGACAUCGCCCGACCCCUGUGACCCCGCCCUCCAGUCUCUAAGCCCCUCCCACUCCGCUAUCUGCCUCCACACUGCUCGGCCCGCCCGCCUGGGCGGGGCUUAAAGCAGCAUAACUUAUUACAGUAUGAUGCAACCACAUUCAGUAUUCAUGGUGUUCAUUUUCACAACUGUGCAAUUCCUCCUCAGUUCAGUUCAACUCCGUUCAGUUUGUUCAGUUCAGUGUGACUCAGUUAAUUUCUGGUCAGUUUAGUUGUACUUGGUUCAGUUUGAUUCGGUUCAGUUUGACUCGGUUCAGUUUGACUCGGUUCAGUUCAGUGAUGUCCCUACCGAGUGGCUAUUGGGACAGAUCCAGUACGCGCUCAGUAGAACCCUUUCUAUCAAAGAGGAAAUCUACGUUCUCUUUUUCUUAGCACUUAAAGUUCCACUCACAACUGAAAGGCUCCGGCAUCCAAAGCUUGGAUCAGGAGCA